UAUGAAGGUUGCAGGUGCAGUGUACGCAUUUAGGAUGUCACUUCAGCUCCCAUCCACGUGCUUUUGUUUACCAACAAUUGUGCAGAGAGAGAACUGGCUGGCCUACGAUCCCUUCACCUCAUCAAAUUUAUGCUGACAGCUGCUUUGUAUCACUGAAAUUUGUUGUCUAGAGGCUGGUAACAUUAAGAAGCAAGAGUGUAUAGAAAGGCAGUAAGACCAAGAGGAAGACAUCAGGCAGGAGGGGUUGUUUGGCAAGUAGAAAGAGGAGCAGGUGCUGAGCCAGGAUGAGCAAUAUUGACAUCAAGGAUGUUGUUGCUCACAUCAAAGAAGAAUUUAUAAUUCCACCGGAACCACGUGAAACAAAAACAGAAGCAAAGGAUGAGGAUGACAAAGCCUCUGCCACAGAACCAGAGGCGGACAAAACUUCAGAGCCUCCUCGCAAGAAGCAGAAACUUACAGGUACCCACAAGAACCGACCCAAGCUGGUGAAGGCUCCAAGGAGUUCCAAGCUCUGUCGUGCUUUGUGGUGCCUUGAGAAGGGAUGAGACAUCCUCUUGUUCUUAUCCCAAGUGUGACUUCAUGCAUGACAUCUCAGCAUUCUUGAGUACCAAACCAUCAGAUCUUGGACCAGAGUGCCAUAACUUCCGCACUUAUGGGAGGUGUCACUAUGGCCUGGUGUGCCGGUUUGGGGGUGACCACAUUGAAGGAGAAAGGAAUAAAGUGGAGCAGCGACCUAAUGGAGUGACUGGUCCUGCCACCACCAACACUCUCAAGAAAGAGGUCCAGCAUCUCUUGAGGAAACGGCAGUAUGACUUCACCAAGGCAAAGGAAGCCAACCGUAAGGCUCAGAGUGAUAUAGCCAAAAAUGCUGACAAAGCUAAGAAUCCUGAAAAAAAUACAGUCACAGGAACACCAACCACUGACACCAAAGCUGAUACUUCUGUUCCCCCUUCAACCAAUGACAGCAAAUCUCAGGACCAGUCAUUAGAUCCUGACAAAAACACUGACACCAAAGCUAAUACUUCUGUUCCCCCUUCAACCAAUGACAGCAAAUCUCAGGACCAGUCAUUAGAUGCUGACAAAAACACUGAAAGUACACCUCAGUCUGCCCCAGAGGACAUUAUCACAUCAGUUGAAAAUGGACAAGAAAAGUGUGACACAGAGGCUGUCAUUAAGAAUGGGGAGAAGACAGCCUGUGAGGGUAAUGGGGAGACACAUCACCUUGGUCCAGCUUCAGAUGAGGACCUUGUGAAGCCAACUGCAGGAGAGAGGAGGAAGAAAACAAUCGACUGGCGAGGAAAGACCUACCUGGCACCCCUCACCACCCUAGGCAACCUUCCAUUUCGGCGUAUCUGCAAGAAAUAUGGGGCAGACAUUACCUGUGGAGAGAUGGCCCUUGCUGCCAACCUGCUUCAGGGCUUUCCCAGUGAGUGGGCACUGGUCAAGAGACAUGCAUCUGAAGACUGCUUUGGCAUACAGCUGUGUGGAAGCAAUGCAGAGACCAUGGCCAAGUGUGCCCAGCUGCUGGAUGAGAAUGCUGACUUUGACUUCAUGGACAUCAACAUGGGCUGUCCUAUUGAUCUUAUUUACAAACAGGGAGGGGGAAGUGCCCUGAUGCGCCGCCAGGGAUGUCUGGAGCAGAUGGUGAGGGGCAUGAAACAGGUGUUGAGUCGGCCACUGACCCUUAAGAUGCGUACAGCCGUGUACCGUGACACCAAGGUGGCUCACGACCUGGUCCAGCGCGCCAAGCUGUGGGACGUCUCCAUGGUGACGAUUCAUGGCCGGUCAAAGGAGCAACGUUACCUCAAGCUGGCUGACUGGGAUUAUGUGGGACAGUGUGCAGUGGCAGCCCAGCCCAUGCCUGUCUUUGGUAAUGGGGAUGUGCUCUCCUAUGAGGACUAUAAUGCCUGCCUUAACAAUACUGGGGUGGCAGGUAUAAUGAUUGCCCGAGGUGCUCUCAUCAAGCCGUGGGUCUUCCAGGAGAUCAAGGAGCAGCGUCACUGGGAUAUCAGCUCUUCAGAGAGGCUGGACAUGCUGCGUGACUUCACCAACUUUGGCCUGGAGCACUGGGGUAGUGACAAUGAGGGUGUAGAAAAGACCCGGAGGUUCCUGCUGGAAUGGCUGUCGUUCCUGCACCGUUACGUCCCAGUUGGCCUUUUGGAGAGCACCCAAAAGAUCAAUCAGCAACCACCUGCCUUCAGGGGGCGGGAUGACCUUGAGACACUGAUGGCCUCACGCAGUGUUAAUGACUGGAUCAAGAUCAGUGAGAUGCUCCUAGGAUCAGUACCAGCUGACUUUGCAUUCCUGCCCAAACACAAGGCCAAUGCAUACUAGUGAGCAGUGGUUAGUGUCAGACCGCUGGAUGUGGCAGCACGUUAGCAGCAGCUGCAAUAUGGUCCUUGAGGUGACAUGAUGGACACCAGCACCUAGCCUCAUCAGUCACAACAAGUGCUUCCCUUCUGUAUUAGGGACCUAUAUUAUUUUGUUAUUAUUUGUCAACAAUUUUGAAAUGAGGAUGAGGUCAACAGAAAUCGUAUGGAGCAAUUAGUUGUGUAUAUCUAAAGGGACAAUUUUCCAGUGACUUUUGCUCAUGUAUAUACACCUUUAUUAAUUCUGUCCUCAGAUUUCAAUUAUUGUGAUGCACUUUUUAAUGGUAUUGAUUCAAGAAAAUGUGUUAAGUUAAACAAAAAAAAAUCUUGAAAGUGGAUGUAUUUUCUUGUUUUAUUAUUAAAUUCUUUACUGGGAUCAUUUAUUGAAACCAGUUGUUAAUUUUCA